AUGGAUGAUCUCUCGGGACUGAACUGGUCGGCGUCGGCCAACCAGCCGAACAACAAGCCACCGCCGAUGAACCCCUCGGGUGCCAAUUACUUUGGUUCGAUGCGACCGGCCAAUUCGACGCCAUCCCCGUUCCCCUCCGGCCGCAACACGCCACUCUCCGCCCAAGGCUCUGGUCCCGUCGCCGCAAAACCUGCGGCUGCGAAGCCGGCCGCUGAUAGCUUCAGCAACCUGCUCAGCUUCGGCGCUGCUGGAGCUGCGAAGCCCACGUCGAAGCUCACCUUGUUGGAGCAGCAGCAACAACUCGAGGCGGAGAAGAGGAAGAAGGAAGAGGAGAGGAGAAAACAAGCGCAGGCGCAGUUUGGUGGGGGUUUCCUGGACACGCUCGGAUCGGGCUCCGUCUCGCGGACGGCGUCUCCAGGCAUCCUGUCACCCGGUUCCUCCACCGGCAAGAAGGCCACCGACGACGACGACCUCUUUGCCGCCUUUAACUCCGAGACCAAGGUCGAUAACGCGAGCUUUUACCCGCCUCCGCCCCAGAAGAGCCCCUCGCCCGCUAAUGCGCCGGGCCUCGACCUGAGCAACCCGAGCGCAUGGAACCAGGCCCCGAGCGUUGCCAACAAUGGCGUAUUUGGAGAAGAUGAUGAUCCGUUUGGUCUGAACCAGCUGAAGCCCAAGGCUGCGUCCCCGGCACCGCCACUCCCGACAGACGACGACGACGACUUCCUCGGUGAUCUGGCCCGCCCGGUUGAAGAAGUUCGGCGCAAACAACCUACCCCGCCGCAGCCCCAGCACUCCGAGCCUGGAAAGCCCAUCGAGGCGUCCGACUCCAGCUCCGAAGACGAACGGCCGGCUCCCAGGGGCGAGAUGGCCGAGUUUGACAGAGCCGUUGCCCAGCUUGUCGACUACGGCUUUACCCCUGAAAACGCCCGGCGUGGGUUGACGGAGAGCGGUGCGGGGCUCAAUGUGCAGGCGGCUGCCAACUGGCUUCUGGACGAUGCGCACCGACAAGCCAAGGCAAAAGCGCAAGGCAAGAGUCCCGCCGUUGCACAGAGGAGAGGACGGGAGGACGGCAGCAGCAGACAAGACGGCCAGCGGAGAACCGACACAAGAUCCCCGGCAGGCGGCGACCCAGAUCUCUCCAAGACUGCUGCCGCUGUGGGAAACAGUCUUUUCAAGACGGCCAACUCGCUGUGGAAGACGGGUAAGAAGCAGGUUCAGCAGGCGGUUGCGGACUUCAACCAGCCUGAGAGUGAUCCCAACCAGCCUAAAUGGAUGCGCUCGGCUCAGGUCGACCGCACGCAACCCGAGAAGAGGGUGCCGAAGGCGACGGACGAGGCUCUGAUGCUAGAAUCGGGUGGUCGACCUCCAAGGAAGGCCGGACAGUCCUCGCAAUCACCACGACCCGACGCACCGCGCAGGACGGCAUCCCCGCGUGAUCACUCCCCCGCCGUGUCAGCCCCCUCAAGUGGCAGAGGAACUCCGGUGCCAAGAUGGCAACAGCAGGGCGGCCCAGCGUUGCCCGAUUCGAGAACCCGCGCGAGCAAGUUGGCAAUGGCAGAUGACAAUGCGGCAUCCUAUGUCAGCCCUCACAGGAGGAAGAAGGGUACGCCUCAGCCGGAGGCGUCGACGCGGCCGCAGCAGGACGAGCCCGACCUGCUCUUCAGCUCUCAAACACAGGCCCCCAAGCAGGCCCAGUCGCUCCCGCAGCGUCCAGCCCAGCCCUCGCAACCAUCCUCUCGGCCUGCUCAGUCUGCCCAGCGUCCAUCUCCACCUGCACCGAAACCGGCACCUCGGCCUGCUCGCCAAAUUCCAUCGAUCUCGCCCGCGGCGAUACAACAGUCCACCAAACAUCGACUCGACGGCACAGCCCACUUCAAGAGAGGAGACUACGGCGCAGCCCACUCGUCUUACUCGGCUUCCCUGGCCGCCGUGCCGUCGUCGCACCCGCUUGCGAUUGUUAUUCUCACGAACCGCGCACUGACAGCCCUCAAGACUGGAGAGCCAAAGCAGGCGGUCGAGGACGCCGACGCUGCGCUCAAGAUCAUUGGUCCGGCAGGCGGUCAAGGCGAGCACGUAGCCGUCCUGAGUGACAACGGCGGUGAAGAGCGCCGUGAGAUGCGCGAUCUGUACGGGAAGGCAUUGAGCCGCAAGGCCGAGGCCCUCGAGCAGAUGGAGCGCUGGGGUGAUGCACACGCCGUCUGGUCGACGUGCGUGAAGGACGGUGUCGGCGGGCCGAGCGCCAUCUCGGGCCGCCAACGUUGUCAGUCUGCCCUGGCGCCGAAGCCGAAGCCGAAGCCCAGGCCCGCUGCUGCUCGGCCUCGGCCAGCCGCGGCGCCCGCGAAGAGCUCUGAUGCCGUGGAGCGUCUGCGCAAGCAGAACCAGGCUGCCGCGCAGGAGGACGACGAGAAGUUUGCGCUGUCGGAGAAGGUCGACGCCAAGAUCGCCGCCUGGAGGGACGGCAAGCGGGAGAACCUGCGCGCGCUCAUCGGCAGCCUGGACCAGGUCCUCUGGGAGGGCAGUGGGUGGAAGAAGGUCGGGUUGCACGAGCUCGUCAUGGCCAACAAGGUGAAGAUUCACUACAUGAAGGCCAUUGCCAAGUGCCAUCCCGACAAGCUUCCCCAGGAUGCCAGCACGGAGGUGAGGCUCAUUGCCGCGACGGUUUUUGCGACGUUGAAUGAGAGUUGGGACAAGUUCAAGGCCGAGAACGGACUUUAA